AUGGAAUCUGUGUUUGGAAUGAGUGUUAGUGAGAGGAGAGUUUCGAAGGCCGAGGAUGAUUUACAUUCCAAUUUUCGACGUCUAAUUUCGUUCUACUUUACGAACGUCCCAGAGGCUAUCUCGUUUUUCCAUGUGAAGAAACAAUUUGAGGUGUGUGGCAUGUUAGAUGAUGUGUACUUUGCUUGUAAUCGUAACAAAUAUGGAAUAAGAUAUGGUUUUGCACGGUUUAUCAAUGUUAAGGAUGUUUCAAAGCUUUUGAAGGCUCUGAAUAACAUAUGUUUUGGCCAUAUGCGGGUUUGGGAUAGAGUUGCACAGUUUGAUAAGGGUGCGAUAGUGAGGAAAGGGAAGGAGCAGUCGGUGUUACGGCUGGGGGGUUGGAGAGCUUUUAAGCAUUGUCCUAAGUCAAAGGAGGGAUAA